AUGCCGAGCUCUAAAGGUGAACCCACCAAUCCAGAACUUCGCGAGAAGAUCAAGGAAGAAGUCAAAAACAUGGAGAAAGGCGGUGGCAAAGGAUCAUGGUCUGCGUGGAAAGCAGGUGAAUUGGCCCGUCGAUAUGAAGCCGAAGGUGGCGAUUACAAGGAUACAGGCGAUAAUAAGAAUAAGGCUAAGAAAGGAGAACCAGAGAAGAAGUAG